UUAUUCUCUUCUAUUGUUUACUUUUUCCUAAAAGAUUGAACUGAAAUCUCCGGGGACAGGAAAACAAAAACUUGGAUAUUCUGUCAAGGAAAACAUGGAAGCCAAUAGGGGACAAGGUGGAAUUCAGCAGUUCCUUGCUGCAGAACAAGAAGCUCAGCACAUUGUGAAUUCUGCCAGAAAUGCCAAGAUGGCUAGGCUGAAACAAGCCAAGGAAGAGGCUGAAAAGCAGAUUGCCGAAUACCGAGCUCUGGUGGAGAAGGGGUUUAAGAGGAAACUUGAUGAGUCUUCAAACAAACGAGCGGAUAUUCAAAUGUUAACGUGAAGCGACCUGAGCAAGAGACACGAACAAAGAUCCAACACCUGAAAAAUGAGGCUGCAAGAAUAUCAGGAGAUGUUGUUCAAAUGCUUCUCAAGCAUGUAACAACUGUAAAGAAUUAGUCCCCCUUAAAAUGGCAAACAUUCACAACUUGUUAUUGAUGUUUCCCUACAUGAUGUAAUAUUUAGUUUGCUGUCUUCAUUUAGUUUAAAUUCUAGUGAGCAAAUUAGACUCUUUUUAUCAGGCAAAUGACUUUGAGAAUAUGUAGGACAAAU